AUGGCAGCCAUGGAAGAGCUGGAAAUCCAUAGCAAGUCCUACUUCGUCCGCUGGGUCCCAGUCAAAUCCGGUCACACUAUUUCCUGGAGCAUUCAACCACAUAAGAAGUCGCUCAAUUUCGGGAUCUUCAAGCAUCCCGGUCAAUCCGGCGUCCUUAGUACCCCCAAUCUGUCCUCAACGGAUACCCCGAGUAACGACUCGAACGAGAACCUCGCAAAUGGCGGCUCCAGCUCGCGUCAGAGUAACUCGGCAUCCCUCAUUGACAAGCUGACAGCCAUGGGCUUGAAACAGAUCCGUUGGGUCGGCAAAUGUGAGGCAGACAAGAUCGUCCAGGGGACCUACGAUGUGCCUUUCAAUGAGGGUGGAAACUAUGCGCUCGUCUUUGACAACACAUUUUCGAAGCAAUUGUCCAAGACCGUGACCCUAGUACUACUCACCUACCCAACUUCCCUGCCCCCACAAGCGGUUCCAACACCUCAUGCGGCCAGUCAACCCGGAGGCGAUGCAGCGGAGUCUCAAUCCUCCCGGAGGCGGGGCAACAGCCUUAUUGCCAAAAUGCCGCCGCAAAUCCAAGUGCAAGAGGGAGAUACAGAGACAACUAUUCACACUGGUAUUCUGCUCAAGCGUCGCCGUAAGCGCCAUCAGGGGUGGGCGCGCCGGUUCUUCUCCCUCGAUUUCGCGACUUCUACACUCUCUUAUUUCCACGAUCCCAACUCCGCUACCCUACGGGGUUCGAUACCGCUGACUCUCGCCGCGGUAGCCUGCAACGAGAAGUCCCGUGAGAUCUCCAUUGACUCUGGUACUGAAGUCUGGCAUCUACGUGCCCGCGAUGACACCGAAUUUGCGUCGUGGAAGCGCGUCUUGGAAAAAGCGUCAUCCUCCAAGAACGCGGCAGAUGAUGACCACAGUCAUUCGCCAAGGCAUCUACAUCCGAACACGGCAUUCCAAUCGCCCAUCCAGCGUUCUAUGUCAAGCGCCGCCGAGGAGCGCGAAUGGAUGCGGGUUUCCGACCUAGUCAGCCGAGUCUCAGGAUCCCGUGAUGCUGUCCGACGCCUGGCCAAGGACACGGAUCCAAAGUAUAUGAGUCCCGGGCCACCAUCCCGUGGAAGAUCCGGCCGGUCGCCCAGCCCUCAUCCGGAGACUAAUGGCGAUGAGAAGCGGUCCUUCUGGAAGCGGAAAACUUCCAACCCAGUUGCUAAACUGUCCGCUCCGAGCGAUUCGUCCCUCGAUCGAAAACCAGCCGGGGUGAUGGGUAGUGAGCGAACCAACGAAACACACGACAGCCUCAUGGCUCUUUUGCGCGACCUAGAUCAGGUCGUCGGUGAAUUCUCGACCUUAAUCACGGAGAGCCAGCAACGUCGUCAAACUCCCGAGCUCGGUAUACAAUCGCGAAAGAGCAUGGAAUCAGACAAAUCCGAAGAGUUCUUUGACGCUGUCGAUGCAUCAGACUCCCAAAUGCUCACCAUCAAAGGCGACAGUGACGACGAGGAGGCAAUGGAGGAUGCUUCCGCAGAUGCUGCUGCCGACGAUGCGCCAUCCGAUAGUGACGACGACUCCUCAGAACCAGCAAGCACUGGCGGUGCCCAUGAUCAGUACUCUCCAUUAUUCCCAGCACGGCCCAAAACUCUCACUCCGCUGCCGCUGGACACCGUCCCUCGCCGAAACAACAUCACCGCCCCGACAGUGAUGCCGCCCAGCUUGAUUGGGUUCCUCCGCAAGAACGUUGGGAAAGAUCUCUCCCAAAUCUCGAUGCCCGUCUCCUCAAAUGAGCCCCUCUCAAUGCUCCAGCGUGCAGCCGAAGUCAUGGAAUAUUCAACCCUUCUUGAUAAGGCAGCGCAGGUCAAUGAUGCUAACGAACGACUCCUCUACAUCACCGCGUUCGCUCUCUCCUCACUGUCAAGCAGUCGUGUCCGUGAGCGAGCAAUCCGCAAACCAUUCAACCCCAUGCUCGGUGAGACAUUCGAGCUCGUCCGCGAGGACAUGGGCUUCCGCUUCAUCGCAGAAAAGGUCUCCCACCGUCCCGUCCAACUCGCGUACCAGGCCGACAGUAAAGACUGGAGUCUCGCCCAUUCCCCGCGCCCUUCCCAGAAAUUCUGGGGUAAAUCCGCCGAAAUCGUCACAGAGGGCAAGCUCCGCAUCACUCUCCACUCAACAGGUGAACACUUCUCCUGGUCCCCCGCUACCUCCUUCCUCCGCAACAUCAUCGCAGGAGAGAAAUACGUAGAACCAGUCGGCGAAAUGACCGUCCUCAACGAAACAACAGGCCAACGCACAGUCUCCACCUUCAAGGCCGGGGGCAUGUUCUCCGGCAGGUCUGAAGAAGUAUCCACCAAACUCCUCGACUCCUCUGGACGCGAAACCCCACUCGGCCUUGUAGGCUCCUGGGUCUCAUCCAUAACCUUAACCCGCAACGGCUCCUCCGGUGCAACGGUCUGGACCGCUAGAGCCCUUGUUUCUAACGCUCCCAAACACUACGGUCUGACAACCUUCGCUGCGGCACUUAACGAAAUCACCCCCGUCGAAGACAAAAAGAUUCCGGCUACGGACUCCCGACUCCGACCCGAUCAGCGCGCCCUCGAAGACGGCGACGUCGACCGCGCCGAAGAAGUCAAGGUCCAGCUAGAGGAAGCACAGCGCGCUCGUCGUCGCGAUAUGGAAGGCGCUGGUGAAAACUGGGAGCCUCGGUGGUUCACAAAAGUAGAUGAUGCACCGGAAGGUGAACCAGUUUGGCGGUUGAAGGGCGGGAAGGAUGGAUAUUGGGAGGAGAGGACGAAAGGGUCUUGGGGGACCGUUUUGCCAGUUUUUGAGACUUAG